AUGCACGAAGCCUUCAAAAAGUAUAGAGAAAAUACUUCCCUCCCUUCCCUCACUGCUAGCUUUGCACAUGUGCUUCAACCUGCAAAAGAGGUAUCCUCUGAAACCACCACACCAACAAAAAUUUCAGCCAUCAACAAUUCCACAAAAUCUAAAACUACUCAUAGAACCGCCGACAAUGACUUGCCUACUACAUCAAAAGAAAACGCAGAGGUCACCUCUGCACCCAACUCAUCAUUAAAAUCUUUAACUAGCAAAAAUCACUCAUCAAACGCCAACAAUAAGCAUAUUUCCAUCAACAAGCCUACAUCGAUCAGUUCUGACUACAACAACGUCUCACAUUCAGCUAAAAAUAUCAGCGACAACUGUACCCAACAAGACUCUUUCUUAAAUCCCAAACUUUUCAGUCCAACAACAGCCUCUUUCAUUUCUAACUUAAACAACUCCUUAAACUCGCUUAAUAAAUAUACUGACUUCAAAAAUACUACUACCAACACUACUGUGCAAUCUAAUCCACCUAAUCACGAAAAUCUCUUUCCAACAACAAGCAUUUCCAACGAUAAUCAAUACUCUACUGAACAUACUGAACAAAUAGAAAUUGACUCUGAAUAA